AUGGCGGCAGCUUCUAGAAAAUCAAGCGGUCCAGUGCCGCCACACGCUUCCACUGCCGCCACCAUGACCCCCGUUUCUGUGAUGCGGACGGUGAAGGAGGAAGAAAGGGAAAGUGAAGAAGGGCUUCGCAGAGAGAGAGAGAGAGUGGAAUUGCAGAGGCGCUGGCGGGGAGGAAGAAGGUGUUGUCAUGGUGGUGAUGGCCGUGGCGGUGGUGGUAGUAGUGGCCGUGGUAGUGGUGAUGGCCAUGGUGGUGAUGGUGGUGGUGAAGGGGGUCAUGUUGGUUGUGGUGGUGGUGGUGGUGCCCUUGGUUCUGAUGGUCGUAGUGGUAGUGGUGGUGAGGGCUGUAAUGGUUAUGGUGGCCGUGGUGAUGGUGGUCAAGGUGGUGGUGGUGGUGGAAACCGUGCUGGUGGUGGUGAUCGUGGUGGUGGUGGUGGUUGUGGUGGUGGUGGUGGUGGUGGUUGUGGUGGCCGUGGUAGUGGUUGUCGUGGUAGUGAUGGUCGUGGUGGUGGUGGUGGUGGUAGUGGUCGUGGUGGUGGUGAGGGCCAUGGUUGUGAUAGUGGUGGCCAUAGUAGUGGUAGUGGUGGUGGAAAUGGUGGUACUGGUUGUGGUUGUGGUGGUGGUGGCCCUUCUUUUGAUGGUCGUGGUGGUGGUGGUGGUGGGGGCUGUAAGGGUUGUGGUGGCUGUGGUGGGCAUGGUGGUGAUGGUCGUGGUUGUGGCCGUGGUGGUGGUGAGGGCCACGGUUGUCAUAGUGGUGGCCAUAGUGGUGGUGGUGGUGGUGGUGGUGGUGGUGAUGUGGUGGUGCUGGCUGUGGUUGUGGUGGUGGUGGCCAUUGUUGUGAUGGUCAUGGUGGUGGUAGUGGUGGGGGCUGUAAGGGUUGUGGUGGUCGUGGUGGUGAUGGGUUGUGGUGGCUGUGGUGGUCAUGGUGGUGAUGGUGGUCGUUGUGGGGGUGGUGAUGGGCAUGUUGGUGAUGGUGGAGGCCAUGGUGGUGGUGGUUGUGGUGGCCUUGGUGUCGAUGGUGGUGGUGGUGGUGGUGGUCGUGGUGUCGGUGGUGUUGCUGGUGGUAGUGGUUGUCGUGGUGGUGGGAGUGGCUGUGGUGGUGGUGGUGGCGGUCGUGAUGCUGGUGGUGGUGGUGAUCGUGGGGUGUUCAUGUGGGUUCCGAUGGGUUCGGAUUUCAGGUUCACGGUUCAUGGUUUAGGGUCUAAGAUUUAUGGUUUCUCGUAUAGGGUUUAUGGUUUAGGGUUUAAGGUUUAUGGUUUACGUGCUGGUGGUCGUGGUCGUGGUUGUGGUUGUUGUGGUGGUGUUGGCCGUGGUGGUCGUGGCAGUGGUCGUAGUGGUCGUGGUGGUGGUUGUGGUAGUGGUCGUGGUGAUGGUGAUGGCCAUGGUGGUAAUGGUGGUGGCUUGGUGGGGGUGGUGGUGUUUAUGGUGGUGGUGGUGGUGGUGGUGGUGGUGGUUGUGGUGAUGGUAGUGGCGUUGGUGGUGGUGAUUGUGAUCGUGGUGAAGUGGUGGGGCGGUGGUGUUUAUGGUGGUGGUUGUCAUGGUGGUGGUGGUUGUGGUGAUGGUGGUGGCGUUGGUGGUGUUGAUUGUGAUCGUGGUGAAGGUGGUGGUCAUGGUGUGGUAGGGGUUUCUUGUUGGUUCAGGUGGGUUCAGGGUUCAGAUUCACGGUUCAUGGUUUAG